GACCGCUCUUGACAGCAGAUGCGUAGUUUCUAAACGAAACCGGCAUUCAGCCUCGACUUCUAUCAAUUGCCCCUACCUGCCUCUCGCGCCCCACAAGGGGCGCUGAGCAAGCGCUGCAGAUAUAUCGGAUAUGGAGGGCCUUACUGCAGCUGACGCGGCUGAAAAACGCGACCAACUGAUUGGACUCACGCUGGCGAUUAGCUCUUCCAUAUUCAUUGGAGCCAGCUUCAUCAUUAAGAAGCGUGGGCUAAGGAUUGCAGCUGGGUCAGGGCUACGUGCCGGCGCCGGAGGCUUCUCGUACCUCAGGGAGCCAGUAUGGUGGGCAGGGCUAUUAUCAAUGGUGGUCGGCGAGGCUGCAAACUUUGCAGCGUACGCCUUCGCGCCAGCCAUCCUCGUGACACCGCUCGGCGCGCUGAGCAUUAUUGUUAGCGCGAUCCUGGCACACAUCGUGCUCCAGGAGAAGCUCAACAUGUUUGGCAUGCUGGGAUGUCUGCUGUGCAUCACCGGUAGCCUGACAAUCGUGCUGCACGCCCCGCCGGAGCGGCACCUCAGCUCAGUCAUUGAGGUGUUCCAGCUGGCUAUGCAGCCAGCCUUCCUAGGCUAUACCGUGUUUGCGGUGUGCGUCAUCAUCUUCCUCAUAUUCUACGUGGCACCGCAGCACGGCACCAGCAGCAUAUUCGUGUACCUGGCCAUCUGCUCGCUGGCGGGCUCGCUGUCCGUCAUGAGCUGCAAGGCACUGGGCAUCGCGCUCAAGCUGACGUUCCAGGGGGACAACCAGCUGCUGUUCGGGGAAACGUACGUGUGUAUCAUGGUGGUAGUGGCGUGUGUGAUGACACAGAUGAACUACCUCAACAAGGCGCUGGACCUGUUCAACACCGCCAUCGUGUCGCCGGUGUAUUACGUCAUGUUCACGUUGCUCACCAUCCUGGCCUCCAUCAUCAUGUUCAGGCUGCGGCCGGUCAGCUGUACUUGCUGGGGGCUUGUCAUUCUGUGAAUGCCGGGCCUAUUUAGCUGAUGGGGAAGACAAGAAGACAAGG